AGCAUAAUUAAAUAUGUUGCGGAUCCGUAGUCAACAGUAAACAGGCCUUUCUCGAAUUCCAUAUAAAAGACCAUACCAUCCGGUUCACCAUCAUCAGUUACCUACUACCUUUUCACCUUCGAAGACAUCUUAAGUCACAGUCACAAUGUUCAAACUUGCCGCUUUUGCUGCUGUAGCCAUUGCGUUGGCUGUUGCCCAACCACCACAACAACGCCUCAGUCCAGAGGGUGCCGCUGAAAUCAAAAUUUAUUCCAGCGAUCUGAACCCCGAUGGAUCAUAUCAAUAUUCAUAUGACACAACCAAUGGAAUAGCCGCUCAAGAGCAAGGGGUAGGCGCUGUUCGGGCUCAGGGAGGUUUCUCAUACACUUCACCUGAAGGAAUCCCAAUCCAAGUUGCUUACACUGCUGACGAAAAUGGAUUCCAGCCACAAGGCAAUCACUUGCCUCAAAUUCCAGAAGCUAUCCUUAGAGCUUUGCAAUGGAAUGCCGCCCACCCAGAACAAGAUGACCCACAAUACGAGAUCAACUCAAGACGUCUUUAAUUUGUUGGUUGGAUUUGAUAGUUGUGUAUAUACUUAAAUAUAUUUAUUAAUUUUUGUUGA